UGUUAUAUGAUUGGGUGCAAAAACCAGAACGGGACCCAUAUCAUAUUGUCGGACCCAAGUCUUUCCUACAAACAUCGUAACACAUAUACAAAGCCACCGUUUCCACCGCAAUCGUCUUCAAUUCCACAACAAUCAAAACGUUAUCGUAAACGAAAACAAAAAACAAACAAAACAGAAAUUCGCUCUCCUAAAGAUUACUGUGAGAUCCACUAGCAAUUCAGUACUUGUGAUUUAUAUCGGAGGGAGAGGCGGUCAGAAAAUGAGCAUCAAAGUACCGGCGACGAGGACGCGUGUCGGGAAGUAUGAGAUGGGUAGAACCCUUGGUGAAGGUAGCUUUGCCAAGGUUAAGUUCGCCAAGAAUGUGGAGACCGGAGAGUUCGUAGCCAUCAAAGUUGUGGACCGUGAUCAAGUCCUCCGACACAAGAUGGUGGAACAGAUAAAAAGAGAAAUAUCAACAAUGAAGUUGAUCAAACAUCCAAACGUUAUUAAAAUUAUUGAGGUUAUGGCUAGCAAAACAAAGAUCUUUAUCGUACUCGAGUUUAUUGAUGGGGGUGAGCUCUUCGACAAAAUUGCCAAGAAUGGGAGACUCAAAGAGGAUGAAGCCAGGAGAUACUUCCAGCAGCUCAUUAAUGCUGUAGAUUACUGUCAUAGCAGAGGGGUGUACCACAGAGAUUUAAAGCCUGAAAAUCUUCUUCUGGAUUCAUAUGGUGUUCUUAAAAUUUCAGAUUUUGGUUUAAGUGCGUUUUCACAACAAGUUCAGGCGGAUGGACUACUUCACACUGCCUGUGGAACCCCAAAUUAUGUUGCACCUGAGGUUCUCAAUGACAAAGGUUAUGAUGGUAGAACAUCUGAUGUUUGGUCUUGUGGAGUCAUUCUCUUUGUACUUAUGGCUGGAUUCUUGCCUUUUGACGAGUCCAAUCUUUUGGCCUUGUAUAAAAAAAUAUGCAGAGCUGAUUUCUCUUGUCCAUCAUGGUUUUCACCUGCCGCUAGGAAAUUUAUAAAGCGUAUUCUCGACCCAAACCCUCUUACCAGAAUAACUAUUCCUCAAAUUUUAGAGGAUGAAUGGUUUAUUAAAGGAUACAAACGACCGCAAUUUGAUAAGGAAGAGGAUGUAAAUCUUGAUGAUAUAGAUGCUGUUUUUAACGACUCCAAGGAACAUCUUGUAACAGAAAGGAAAGAGAAACCUGUAUCAAUGAAUGCUUUUGAGCUAAUCUCCAGGGCACAGGGUUUCAGCCUUGAAAAUUUGUUUGAGAAGCAGACUGGUUUUGUGAAGCGAGAAACCCGUUUUUCUUCCCAGCGCCCUCCCAAUGAAAUAAUGUCAAAAAUAGAGGAAGCUGCAAAGCCUUUAGGCUUCAAUGUUCGCAAAGGAAACUAUAAGAUGAAGUUGCAAGGCGAUAAAAAUGGAAGGAAAGGCCAGCUCUCUGUAGCUACAGAGGUGUUUGAAGUAGCUCCCUCCUUGCACAUUGUUGAGGUUCGCAAAACUGGCGGUGACACAUUAGAGUUUCACACGUUCUACAAAAAAUUUUCGACAGGACUGAAAGAUGUUGUCUGGAAAACUGAAGAAACAACAGAAGAAUCGAGAGCAGGAAAUAAAUAGAGACCAAGUAGCUGAUUCUUCUGAGUGAUUUAGUCUCAAAUGCACAAAAUUUACAAAAGAGAUAUAAAUUUUGUGGUGGGGUUUAGCGAACUGGAGUUGCAUGAGAUAGGAAGACAUGAACUGAAGGCCUGAAAUCGUGGUCUUAUUUAGGUGUUUUUGUCCCCUUACCCUUCUCCCCGUGGUUUCCUCCUCUUCCAUGAAGCUAAUCAAUUAAGUUUUUCAAAUAGAUCAAAACUCUUUAUAAGAUGGAAGAAAUCAUCAAUUUUAAUGCCAGAAAUUGAAUUUUUUAUUCA